AUGGGCUACACCAAAUCUCGAAGCCAAUCUCGUAAUGGCCAUUCAUCGAGAGCUUCAACUCUUGAGACAAAGGAUCGACUCAAAUUGGAUCCGUUAAUGCAUCAUCGUCAAAUUUUUGUUCUCUCAUUGAGGCGAUCAUUGAAUCCCCAAGGAAAUUGCAAUUGGUCUGAUGUGAGACAUCAUUACAAAAAAGCUUCGGGAAGGGCUUUGAAUGGAGAAGAAUUGAAUUGGAUUGUGAAAGCUGCCGGCAAAACAAGAAUGGAUAUUUUCCAAGGGGAACUCUCAACUCUCCUCCGAGUUGUCGACGCACAGGGAAAUGUUAUUUGCCCGGAUCUCAAGAAUUCGGCUCUCUUUGUCAAUCCGAAGAACCAGAAAGUAAAAGUGACAAAUCAAUUAGAAGUUGAAGAUGUUAAUGAUGAUACUCCAUCAAUUUCCGAGAUUUCCCCGAAUCCAUCGUUGGAAUCUGAAACCUGUGAGGAAAUAGAUGUUGUUGGCGGGAUUGAGGGACCCGAAUCAAGUGGAGAUUCGGCAAUUCAAUCAGGAAGUGAAGAUGGAAAUUCUAUUGAUAAAGAACCGUUCAUUCAGAUAACAGUCGAUGCUCCCCAGGAAGAAAUUCAAGGAAAUGUUGUUGAAAUGCAGGUAAACUUGAAGAAUGAGAAUGAGGCAGAAUAUAAAGUGGAAUGUGUGAAUGUUGAAAGGGAAAUCGAAAUUGGAGGGACAGAAAUGGAAGAAACAGAAAAUGAAGAGAUUGUUGUUGAAAUCGAAGCAAAUGCUGUAGAAAAGUCUCUUUCAACUGAUCACGAAAUUGCCGAAAAGAUUGAAUAUGCAGAUACUUUUGAGGCAAAAUCACAACCAAUUGAUUUCAUAGAAAGAUCAGAUCAUAUCAUAAAUGACAAUGUUGUUGAUAUCGUUGAGAAAGAGGAUUCGGACUCAAUCGAAUCGGAAAUCAUAAAAAUUCCGAUUGAAGUUGUAAAAGUUGAGAAUGAAGAGAAUGGAAAAGGGAUUGAUAAAGAGAUUGAGAAGAAAUAUUUCGAUGGAUAUCUCGAUUUACCCGUGGUUCACGCUUCGCCGGCUGUUGUGAUCGAAGAAAACGAGAUUUCUGAAGACAAACAACAAGCUGACUAUAAGGAAAUCCCAUCCAUUCCAAUCGAAACUAUUGAAGAUGAGAUAAAAGUGAUCACUCAGGAAUCAGAAGAAUACUUUGGGAAAGCGGUGGUGAAAGAAAAGUUGGCUGAAGAUUUCCCGGAGAACAAUUUGUCCGAAGAAGUUUUUGAAGAAUUCGUUAAAAUCUAUGAACAACAAGAGAAAAAUAAAAUGGAAUUGAAAGAAGUUCAGUGGAUUGCGGAACAAUUGAAAAAGGAAUUUGAGCGUUGUCUCUCUCCAGUGUCCUUAUCGAAUCUCGAAAAAAAUGAUGACAAGUUUUCAGAAACAGAUGUCUCUUUGAUUGUUUGCACCACACCAAGCACACUGGAAAAUGCUUCGGAGGCGGAGUCAGCUCAUAAAUUGGAUAUCCUUUCGCCUACUCGUGAAUUACCUUCAAUCGAGCUUGAGCUUGAUCCAGGAGUACAAUUGCCCGAAAAGAAAUCUAGAAAAGCCAAACGAGUUGAAAGAGCCAAAUCUCCUCGCCAUAGAUGCGCAAUUCUC